UAAAAGAGCAUUUGGAUAAAGCGAUUGAAGGAAUUGGAGAGUAUUCAAAUUUAAUAUCAGACAAUCAAGAAUUAAACAAGAAAGCGAUAGAAAGAGCAUUUGUCGAAUUAGAUGAAGAAGUUGUAAUUCAUUCUAUAAAUAAAUUAUUAAACACUAAAGGACUUUUUUCUAUCGAAGAAUGUUUAUUAUCAGCUUUGUCAGGUAGUUGCGCACUUUUGGCCUAUAUUGAUGCUGCUAAUAAAGAUUUAUACAUUGCAUGCACAGGAGAUUCAAGAGCCGUACUUGGUGUAAAGGAAACUGAUAACGAAAAGGGAGGGAAAAGAUGGAAAGCUGUCGCGUUAAGUGAAGAUCAAACUGGAAGAAAUGAAAAUGAAGUUAAAAGAAUUGAUAAGGAACAUCCGGGGGAAGAAGGUAACAUUAUAUUAAAUGGUAGAGUAUUUGGAGGAUUAGAGCCAACGAGAGCUUUUGGUGAUUCAAAAUAUAAAUGGGAUAUGAAAAUGCAGGAUGGGAUUUUUACUAAAUUUUUUAAGAUCAAAAGAGGGUUAGCUGGUGGAAGUAGAAAUAAAACACCACCUUACGUUACGGCAAGACCAGAAAUAACGUGUCAUAAAUUAACGGAAAAUGAUAAAUUCUUGGUGUUAGCAACUGAUGGAUUAUGGGAUGAAUUAUCAAAUGAGGAAGUUGUGGAACUUGUCGGUGAAUUUUUGGAUGGAAGAAGGGAUAUUAUUGAUGAAAAAGAGAAUCCCCCUAUCUUGAAAGAAGACGAAUUAAAAUGGGAAAAUUAUAAGCAAGAAAAAGCGUUUACUUUUGUUGAUGAAAAUGCUUCCACACAUUUAAUUCGAAAUGCAUACGGAGGAGCAAAACAAGAUCAAGUUUGCGCUUUAUUAUCUCUUCCUUCUCCAAUUUCAAGAAGAUUUGUUGAUGACAUUACCGUGACCGUCGUGUUCUUCGGUCCAGAUAAUCAAUCGAAUAAAAAAGUUCAGGAAAGCUAA